CCGCAGUGGGUCCCUUAAAGUAUCUUCACUAUGUAAGCAUGUACCCAUUGUACCGAGUUACAUAGUAUUCUUGGAAAUUUUAAUAUCCAUGGAUGAAAUUGAAAAUAUCACAAAUCUUUCUCCCUCUACACAAUACAUAUCUACAUAGAUAUCAUUCUGUCACCAGCAAAAAGUUUCAUAACAUGUAAAGCUUACGGUGUCUCACACUCACUCUCACUUCCAAUAGCAUCAUACAUUACAACCAUGGGGACAGGACCUAAACGAAAGUUGGCACUUCCCUCAUCGCUCUUGAAGGAGUUGGAGACACAACAACCCACUUCGUCUGCUAAUGGAAAAUGGAAGCCCAAGAGGCAACUAUCCAGAAAAGAGCAACGCAAGGCUCAACGAGUUGAAAAAAGACAGUCUCACCGGCCCCAGUUACGCUCGGUCUCUACACCACACCAAUCCAAGCGAAAUUCAUCACCGUCUGAUGUAUUCUCUGAGGAUGGUGACAUGGGUGCUGGAGACUUCGACGAUGAAGAUGGGGAUGAGGAUGAUCUUGUCAUAGGUUCCGACCUUGGUUUUGACUCUGGCUCUGAGGGAGAUGAUGGCAAGAGCGCCGAAGACCAUGAGCCAAGCCUACCUCGGCCCUCUAAGUCAACCCGGAACAAACUUACUCAGGAUGACGCAGAGAUAGCAGAUCUGGAACGGAAACUAGGGCUAAGGGGCAGAAAGUCUCUGCCAAAGUCAUUUCAAGAGGAUGGUCUUGGCGGUCUACUGGACGGUCUAGACGAUGACGAGGAGGAGGACACAGCAAUCCGCUCGAAGACAAAGCGUAAAGCGGAGGGAGAUGAAUGGUUGGCCCAAAAGAGGAGAAAAGCACAGGCUGCGGCUAAGGCUAUUACUGGCGACAGUAACAGAAACAAGGGUGGCUCCGAAUCAGAAGAGUUCGAUAGCGACGAGGGGGGUGAGCUCGAAAGUGACGAUGACGAUAAUGAUGUCUUCGAGGGCUGCUCUGACGGAGAACAACAUCAGCCUGCACGACCACGGCGAGAAAAUCCUUAUGUUGCGCCUUCGACAGGUGUUGCCAAAUAUAUCCCCCCAUCGCUCCGUAAGCAGUUGGGUUCGCCCAACGAAGCAGAGACCCAGAUCCAAAGGCGUAUCCAGGGUUUGAUAAAUCGAUUGACUAAUGACAGCAUGGUUGGUAUAGUCAAGGAAUUCGUGACCCUCUAUGAUACAUAUCCAAGACAAACUGUUACCUCCACUAUAGUAGAUCUUGUGUUGGCUCUAGUAGCCUCACCCGAAAAGCGGCCAGAUGCAUUUUUUACGAUGACAGCUGGAUUUGUUGCAGCGAUGCACAAAGCCGUGGGCAUGGCCUUUAGCGCCUAUUACAUACAGCAACUCAUGGAAAACUUUGGCCAGCAUUACGAGAAAGCAUCUGGCGACCAGUCGGACUCUGGUUCAAAACACCUCAUUGCCUUGCUUGCCGAGCUCUACAACAUGCAGGUUGUCGGUUGCAACAUCAUAUUUGAUUAUAUUCGUCUCUUCUUAGAGAAUCUUUCAGAGCUCAAUACGGAACUGCUUUUAAGAAUUAUCCAACUAUGCGGACCAUCUCUAAGACGUGAUGAUCCGCAUGCACUAGGGGAUAUUGUAAAUCGCGUCAAGCCGGUCAGCUCGAAGGGGAUGUCAGUCAGGACUAGUUUCAUGAUUGACGAGAUGAAGAAACUCCAGAGCAACAAAACGAAAGCAGCGACUCGCAACAAAGAUAUGGCAGACCAGCGAAGCCAGCUCAGGAAACGCAUCGCUACCCUGGGCGGUUCGCAGGACGUGCAACCUCUACGCAUGGGCCUCAAGGAUAUACAGGAUGCCGAUAAACACGGAAAAUGGUGGCUUGUUGGGGCCAGCUGGUCUGGAGGUCAAAAUGGGCCUGAUAGCCAAAUUGGGGGCAGUGGCAAGGGAAGAGAUGCCAACGAUGCCAACGAUGCUGACGAUGCUGACGAAAUGAUGAAAAUCGACGAUGAUGACCUCGGCAUUCCCGAUCUUUGGCAGUUAGCUAAGGAGCAGGGCUUCAAUACAGAGAUACGGCAACGGAUAUUUGUUGCUCUGCACGCGGCGACAGAUUACGAAAACGCCGAGCUCCUCAUUCGAAAGUUGAGGCUCAACAAACACCAGCGAAAAGAAGUACCGGAGGUGAUUGUCCGCAGUAGUGAACGACAAUCGCAAUACAACCACUACUACACGCUGGUCUCGUCUAAAUUCACCGGGGACCGAGAAUUAUCAUUUCAAUUCCGGCGCUGUCUGACUACGCGGCUUAGGAAGAUGGGAGAAGAUAUCGAUGUUGGUGAAGGAGACGAGGUUGACACGGAGGACAUGACUAAUUACGACAUGCGAUGGGUAUAUAACACAGGGAAGAUGUACGGGUCUCUGGUGGCCAGCCGGUGUCUGCGGCUUGCAGAUGUAAUCAAGCACCGCAAUUUGGCAAUGCUGCAGGAGAAAGCGCACAUGUUUUUCGAGGUGAUGUUAAUCUCGAUGCUUCAGGAGUGUAAGGGGGACGGUUUGAAGGAAAUAUUUGGUGGAUUAGAUGCAGAACAUGCGCGUGGAUUGCAAUACUUCUUAAAGAAGAAGGUACGACAUACGGAUCUCUUGAAGGGGAAAAAAGAGAAGAGUGCGGUUAAGAAGAGUUGCGAGAUAGCAUAUCAAGUUCUCAAGACUCUGCUGACGACGGAAUCGCUAGGGUGAGAAGAGGAAGAAGAGGUUAAGAAUAUAUAGAAUAUGUACAUAUUAUAUGUAGGUAGGUACCUAGUAGGUAGAUAUUUAUUCAUGGUGCAUACCUA